UUCUCUGUUCUCUGUGUUCUUUGCGUACUCUGGAGCUGGAACAUUGCGUUUACUACAGCUAGGCAACCUGACUGUGGCAGAGCACCUCACAGCCUGUUUGUCGUCACUGAACAACACUCCGAAGUAACCAAACUGACAGGCUGGCGCUAAACCUGUUCGACCUGCAGCAACGUAGACGUCAGGACGUCAAACUAUAGUAGUUUCGAGUUAAAGUAAUGAACAAUAAACACGUCCUCCCUCCAUGCUUACUUUCAACAAAAAAGAAGUUAUGGAUAUUUGCGACGGGAAGAAGAGGAGAAAGGUAAGCGGUGGUAUGCGGGGCUGCAGGCGGAGCGUGGCCGCCGGGAAGAUGAAGCGGGACCUAACGUUGGGCAGAAUCCUCCGUUCCCGCACGGUUGAGGACAAUAACCACACGGAGCCCAUGGAGGAGGAAGAGGACGACGACUGCUUCUCCAUUAGCUUCCUCCGCAAUGACCGACACGAGCCCGCCGUCGUGGUGUCUCCUCGGUACAGCCUGCUGCGAGAGGUCGGCCGGGGAAGCUACGGGGUGGUGUACGAAGCUAUAGCCAGGAAAACGGGGGCUAGGGUGGCGGUGAAGAGGCUCCAAUGCGACGCCCCGGAAAACGUAGAGCUAGCUCUGGCCGAGUUCUGGGCCCUGACGAGCCUGGAGAAUCGGCACCAGAAUGUGGUCCAGCUGGAGGAGUGUGUAAUGCAGAGGAAUGGCCUGGCCCAGAAGAUGAGCCAUGGUAACAAGAGGUCCAAACAGUACCUGCGGCUGGUGGAGACAUCACUCAAAGGGGAGCGCAUCCUCGGCUGCCCAGAGGAGCCGUGCUAUCUCUGGUUUGUCAUGGAGUUUUGCGAGGGAGGGGACCUCAACCAGUACAUCUUGUCCCGCAGGCCCGACCCCCAGACAAACAGGAGCUUCAUGCGCCAGUUGACGAGUGCUGUAGCUUUCCUGCACAAGAACAACAUCGUCCAUCGUGAUCUGAAGCCAGACAACAUUCUUAUCUCACAGAAAUCUGGUUCACCUGUUCUCAAAGUGGCUGACUUUGGUCUCAGUAAAGUUUGUGCUGGCCUAAACUCCAAGAACAGUGAAGACCUCCCUGUGUUGGGAGCGGGAGGCAAAGGCAGCAACCAGAACAACAUCGUCAAUAUAAACAAGUUCUGGUUGUCGUCAGCAUGUGGCUCGGACUUCUACAUGGCCCCUGAGGUGUGGGAGGGCCACUACACAGCCAAGGCUGACAUCUUUGCCCUGGGAAUCAUCAUCUGGGCAAUGAUCGAGCGGAUCACUUUCAUCGAUGCAGAGUCCAAGCGUGAACUUCUGGGCACCUACAUACGCCAGGGCUCAGAGAUUGUACCUGUAGGGGAGGCUCUGUUGGAGAACCCCAAAAUGGUUCUCCAUAUUCCUCAGAGAGCCAGGAGCUCCAUGUCUGAGGGGGUGAAGAAACUCCUUCAGGACAUGCUCGCAGUCAACCCUCAGGACCGGCCGGACGCCUUACAGCUCGAGGUGCGGAUGGACCAAGUCACAUGUGCUGCGUGACAGCCACCAUCUUCCCAAAACCUUUCCUUUUUGAACCUAACUAGUCAAAGAAGGGACCCCUUUCCUUUCCAGCUUUGUUUACUAUAUGGACGUGGACUCCAAUGGAAAAAGGGACUCCGACAAACUGAACUGUGAAGAAUCCACAAUCAUAAUUUGAGCAGGAAGUAAAGGAUCAGCAGAUGAUUAAAAAAAUCUGGGACAGUGACAGUAUGCAGAUCAGACUACAGAGCACUCCAGCACCAUCCUGUUACAAUCACUGUCACCUUGGAGCUGAGGACAUUUAUAUGGUGGAUAACACCAGUGUCUGGAUGGUUUAUAAUACUUGUUGUUUUAUAUGUUUUGAUUUUGUUUCCAACAGCUCUAGAAAAGGCCUGCUCUUCUUUAACAUUUGUAAUGUACUCGGCUGUGUCACAGGUUACUGCACCAGAUUGUACCAGUGUUUGAAGGUCAAAGCAUGGGCUACCCAUCAUUAAACCGAUUAUAGUAUGUGAAAAACUAUGAACAACAGGUUACAAUAGCAGUUUCUGUCUCCCACACUGCACCAUCCAACCUUGUGCCUUAAAGAUGAAACACAAAAGUGCGAUUGGAUCUUUAAAUGAAAUGAUUACUCGGGUUAAAGUGAAAGCUCAGACACCAAGACAGAAACCACUUUUUUUCUAAUGCAGCUUUCUGUUUGGCAAAAUUCACAAUUGACCAAUGGAAUCUUUUGCUUUCAUUAUUGUCACACUUUUUAAACAAUAUGGCAGGCAAUAAUGUCAAGUGAGAAUGAGAUCAUUUUGUGGCCCCCGUCUACUUAAAGCUAAAGUGCAAUUGUAACGCUGGAGCUGCAAUGCCCCAAAUCAUUAACUAAAAUUAAUCACAUAAAUUAAUCGCAUGAUAUGGUAAUUAUCCUAAGAUUUUGUUCACAUGAACGCCCAUGUGUUUAGAAGGUUGAAAGAGUAUUUCACAAAUCUGUGACAUAUUCAGAGGCAGAAUAAAUGUGAAUACUAUCAGUUUUUUUAUGUUGUUUUGAAGGUGUACUACAGAAAGCUCACCUGAGAAGUAGCAGGCCUGCAUCGACUCCAUAAAAUACUGUACAUUUGUAACCAAACUAUAUCCAGCAGGGCAAUCACUGGUCUUAUUGGGCAUUGCUUUCCUGUUCACUCCAAAUAAUGCCUGUUGGAAAAAUUGCAUAUGUCUGUUUAUCAUCACUGCAAAGCUUAGUAUUAACAUGUUUGUGAAAUGAUUGUGUGAGCAAGAAAUAAUCAUGUUUAUUUGGUGGGUUUUGGUGACUUUGUACUGAAUUUUAAGGAUUCCACAGAAGUUGAAAUAACUCUUUAAAUACAGUUCAGGAUAUCAAGUCAAUGGGUAACUCAUGUGGUGAAGGAAUGGUUAACUAAACUUUAUGUAAUAGUUAUUUCACUGUUAAUAAACAAUGAAAUGCUUUAUCAGCCAUUUAUUAAGUAGUUGUAAAGGUUUAUUUAAACAUCUGGUGCGAGAAUACUACUCUAAAAGCAUUUCAUUGUUUGGUAACAGUCAAAAACUGUAAACUACAGUUGAUUUAGUGAUAGUUAAUGGAGGUUACUAUAAAAUAUUACUGACCAUUGUUUGUGCUCUAUACCUUUUGAGUUUUAAGGUUUCUGAUUGGUGUGAUUUGAAAAGUGUUUCAUGGGUCAUUCUAUGGGAACAGCCUGACACCUAAGCAGUACUGAGCCAUCUGUGUCUGAAUGUCCUUGAGUAUCUGAUUUAGAGACUCUCACAGGACUUUUGGAGGUUUUCCAUCUGGAAAUAAUCCCCAAAAGCAGCCAUGAGCUAUGUACCCUAAUUGUCCCUUCUUUCCUUCCCCUCUUUAUUGAAGUGCUUCAAACUCUUGCAGACAGUGGUUGGUUGUUUGGUUGUAGAAUACCAUCUGAGUUGUGAGAGAAUAAUGUCUAGCUUGUGCUCUGAUUCAAGAAAACAGCUACAUGUGCAUCCUGGGGUUAACCAAAAAAUAUUGGGCCACAUGACUGAUCCUUAGCACUUUGAAGAAGCUAGUAUUUCCAGGAUGAUGGAAGAAAAAAACAGGGAAACAGAGAGAACUUAAAGCAUAACAUGGUGAGCCUGACAAAAUGUACAUUAUAAACGUAUGUUUGUUCCAGACCUAGACAGCUCUGCUCGCCGUCACCCCCCAGCACAGACCAGAGGAAUGACAAAAACCUCCUUUUGGCUUCAUAGCACUGCUUAGCUUUGGGUACAGUUCAGUGUCUCAGCAGUAGUAGUAGCUGUUGAGGUGAUUUGUAGUGUGAUUCUACCUCAUUCUCAGCACUCUGAACUGUAUUAUCUACCUUGACCCUCUCAUUAACAACCUUAUGUUAGUUUGGGACAGUGGGAUAGAUUUUUACCUCUGACUUAGUCUCUCUGAUCUUGAACCAACCUCUGACUGACUCCCCUGUGUAUUGUUUUGCUUGUUACAAGUGACACAUAGCUUUUCCCUUUAGAGUGACUACAUCUGGAAACACCUGUCACCUUCUCUCUUAAUGGCUGCAUUAUCUUUCAUUUUUCACUUCUCGCUAAAGGACCAGUUUAGCACAUAGAUAAACCUGUGGGAUGUUAAAUGUCUGACCUGCUCAGCCGGAUUCAACAUACAUGUUGCUUUUAGCUUUAGACCUAACAUGGUUAAAAGACUAUGCCAUUGCUGUGGUUGAUGCUUUUGCUAAAACUGAGGAUCCUUACAACUAAAUCAUAGAUACAAGAACUUGUGGUCCACCUGCCCUGCUGUCACUGUAUUUUUGUACAUGCGAUUUCAUUUAGCUCUCUUCAGACUAGUAAUGAUUCCACUUGAGAACACUUUACACUAUGCAAAAUGUCUCACUGCCUCACUGUAAACACCGUACAGAGUCACACUGUUCUCAAACAAUUGUGUGUGUUAUCUUGAAUUUUCAUUUUUUAAUGCAUAUUUCCUGUGUGUACAGAAAUGUUUGUUUCAGAUGUUAUGUAAAAUUAUGAUGCUGACGGGAGCCAUCAGAUGUUUGAGAAAGCAUCGUUUUUUUUGUUUUUUGUUUUGGCUGUAAAUAUAUUUGACAACAUUUCUUGGAAUAAAUGAUAAAACUAUGA